AUGUAUUGGAUUCAGUGUACUGAAAAUGGACCUCGUCGCGUGAAUCAUGCUGCAGGUGCAUUAGAUGAUUUUAUUUAUUCUUUUGGUGGUUAUUCCAAUACAGAAGAUUAUACACGUGUUACAGCAAUUGAUAUAAAUGUGCUUAAUAUUCAUACAUUGAAAUGGUAUUUAUUACCGAAACCUAAAAUUAUUGAUCCACAAUAUAAUUUAACACCUUUCUCACGAUAUGGACAUACAAUUGCUGUUUAUAAACGAAAAUUUUAUUUGUGGGGUGGACGCAAUGAUCAUCCUGUGGCGUGUAAUCGUUUAUUUUGUUUUGAUCCUGGAUCUCGUCAAUGGUCGAUUGUAUCGGUUGUUGGUGAUUUUGUUCCAAGUCCUCGUGAUGGCCAUACUGCUUGCUGUAUUAAUGAUCGAAUGUAUAUUUUUGGUGGAUUUGAGGAUGAUACUCAACAAUUUUCUAAUGAUCUUUUUUAUUUUGAUUUCAUUAAAUCAUCUUGGCAUUCAAAUCAAACAAAGAUCGGUGAUGUUGUUCCUCAAUGCCGUGAUUUUCAUUCAGCAACAGAAUUAGAUGGUCAAAUGUAUGUUUUCGGUGGACGAUUUGAUCGUAUUGGACCUCAACAAACAACACAAAAUAUUUAUGAUGAUCGUCUCUAUGUUUUUAAUCCCGACGAUGCUUCAUGGUCAUUGAUUACAGCAAAUGGAGAAAUACCAUGUGGAAGAAGAUCACAUUCAGCUUUUGUUCAUCAUGGAAAAUUGUAUAUAUUUGGUGGUUAUAAUAAUGUAAUGGGUUUACAUUUUAAUGAUUUAUAUGAAUUUAAUCCACAAACAUUAUUAUGGCGUCGUAUAAAACCUCAUGGUAUUUCAAAUCCUGUCCCUCGUCGACGACAAUGUUGUCUUGUGAUUGAUGAUCGAAUGUAUAUGUUCGGUGGAACAAGUCCAAUAUCAACAUCAACGUUUGCAAAUCAUUCACAUGAAAUACAAGAUGCCGAUGCUCGUAGAACAAUACUUUAUGAUCAAAGUGAUCUCUAUGUAUUGGAUUUUGCUCCAACAUUAAGAACAUUAUGUUUAUUUUUACUUGCACAACGAAAAAUCAAUAUUAAUAUUCUUCCGAAAAAAUUUCAUCAAGAAUAUCAACUAUUUACACAAUCAAAUUUAAUUCGACAGCGUUCAACAGGAGAAACUAGUGGAUAA